AUGUGUUUUUCAAAACAAUGUACAUUGACUAUGAAAGCAAUGGAUAGUUGUCUUUUAUUUAAAGCUCGUCGAUUAUCUUUUGAAAGAUGGAAUGAUGUUGUUAUACAUCGUUUUAAAACAGAUCCUGAUUAUCGUCUUGAUACAAUGACACAUCAAUUUCUUCCGUGUUUAAUGCAACUUAAACUUAGUUCAGAAGAAGAUCAAGUUUACAUAACAGAAACUUUUAAUUUCAUCGUUUCAUUGAGCAACUGA